UUAGAAAAACCGGAAUUAUUGUGAACUAUUGUUGAUGGUGUUGGAAAUGUAUUCGUUGAUGGUGUUGAUUUUCUGGCCUGGGACUUUGGUGGGUUUAAGGUACAGAAUUGAGAGUUUUUAAGUUCUGAGAAAAUAACUGUUUGGGAGGAGUUGAGCUUCUCAGAGGUUUAAUAAUGGUGCCCGGCCAACUCGUGGGCUCCGAGAUUCAUGGAUUCCAUACUUUGCAAGAUUUAGAUUUUGGGAAUAUUGUGAACCAAGCCGGAAGAAGAUGGCUCCGCCCUCAUGAAAUUCAUGCAAUACUCUGUAAUUACAAGCAUUUCAGCGUCAAUAGCAAUCCAGUGAACUUGCCCAAAAGUGGCACUAUUGUACUUUAUGACCGUAAGAUGCUUAGGAACUUCAGGAAGGAUGGUCAUAACUGGAAGAAGAAAAAGGGUGGGAAGAUCAAUGAAUCCCAUGAACGCUUAAAAGUUGGUAAUGAAGAAAGGAUCCAUGUAUACUAUGUGCAUGGCCAAGAUAACCCGACCUUUGCUCGCAGGUGUUACUGGCUUCUUGACAAGAACCUAGAACACAUAGUCCUUGUUCAUUAUCGCGAAGUACAGGAAGAAUCUGGCGCUAUUCAUGUAUAUUAUGCUGGCGACAAAGACUUUUUAGAGUCAACAGGGCCUGGUGACAAUUUAACAGUUCAGAAUCAUGAAUUGAGGCUUCAUGAGAUUAAUACACUGGAAUGGGAGGAGCUCAUACUGACAAAUGAUUCGAACAACUCAACUGCACCUAAAGAAGAUGAAGUUUCAAGCUUUGAUCAAUCAAAUCAAAUUGAGGGAAUGAUACAGGAUUCAGCUGAAGCUUUUUCUUUCAGUAACUUGAUGAAGCCAAUUUCCCGGAGCGAUAACAUUCAUUCAAGUUUCCCAGACAGCAUCAAUGUCCAGGCAGUGAGGGGUCAAGUGAACACAAACAUACCCAGAAAUGAUUCUAUCACCAUAGGCACCAGUGACUCCUUGUACAUUAGGGUCAAUGAUGGUUUGCAAAGAGAGGACAGUUUUGGAAGCCUAGUAAACAUCAUGACUGAAUUGCCAUGUUCAAUGGAUGAUGCAACACUUGCUUCCGGUCAUGAAUCAUUUGUGCCUUUUGUGGUGGAUGAUCAUCAAUCUUCCACUCCAGAGCAUAUAUUUAGAAUAACGAAUGUCUCACUUGCAUCAGUGUCUUCUACCGAGAAAAUGGAGAUCCUAGUCACUGGCUUCUUUCACGAAGAGUAUCUGCAUCUUGCGAAGUGUAGUCUCUUUUGUGUCUGUGGUGAUGUCUGUGUUCGUGCAGAAACUGUUCAGGUUGGGGUGUAUCGCUGUUUGGUGUUACCACAUUCCCCUGGUUUAGUAAACCUUUUUAUGAGUUUUGAUGGUCUCAAAGCCAUCAGCCAAGUUUGGAAGUUUGAGUAUCAUACUCUUUUAUCGAGUGACCCAGUGGUUUCCUCAGAAGAGAAGUACAGGUGGGAAGAGUUACGAGCUCAGCAUCGGCUUGCUGAUCUGCUUUUCUCUACAUCUAAGAACCUUAAUAUUCUGUCUAAUAAAGUGUCACCAAAAGCCCUGGAGGAGGCCAAAAGGUUUGACCUUGAAACCACUAACAUAUCAAAUAGUUGGGCAUGUUUUAUCAAGUCAAUUGAAGACAACAAAACUCCGUUUCUACAAGCAAAAGAUAUUCUGCUUGAACUCACAUUGAAAAACAGACUGAAGGAGUGGCUGCUGGAAAGAGUUGUUUCAGGCUCUAAAACCAAUGAAUAUGAUGUCCAAGGUCAAGCUGUAAUACAUUUAUGUGCCAUUCUAGGAUAUACCUGGGCUGUUUAUUUAUUUUCAAGGUCCGGCAUAUCAUUGGAUUUUCGUGACAAAUGUGGAUGGACAGCUCUUCAUUGGGCAGCUUAUUGUGGGAGGGAAAAAAUGGUUGCAGUCCUUUUAUCUGCUGGUGCAAAGCCAAACUUCAUCACAGACCCUACAUCAGAACACCCUGGUGGAUGCACUGCUGCUGAUCUUGCAUCUUCAAAGGGGUAUGAUGGCUUAGCAGCUUAUCUUUCAGAAAAGGCCUUGGUAGAACAAUUCAAGGAUAUGAACGUAGCACGAAUUGUCAGCAGUUCCCUUGAAACCAGCUCAUAUGAUACAGCUAACUCUGAAAACCUCAGUGAAGAUCAGCUGUGCCUAAAAGAUACAUUGGCAGCUUGUCGGACAGUUGCUGAAGCUGCUGCACGUAUACAGGCUGCAUUCAGGGAGCACAUACAAAAACUACGGGCCAAAGAAGUUAGGUUUUCGAUUCCAGAGGCUGAACCGCGCAGUAUAGUUGCAGCAAUGAAGAUUCAACACGCCUUUCAAAACUAUGAGUCACGAAAAAGGAUAAAAGCCGCUGCCCGUAUUCAACAUAGGUUCCGAACUUGGAAAAUCCGCAAACAAUUCCUUAAUCUGCGUCAUCGUGCUAUCAAAAUUCAAGCUGCUUUCCGCCGCUUCCAAGUGCGGAAGCAGUACCUAAAAAUUCUAUGGUCAACUGGGAUUCUUGAGAAAGCAAUUCUGCGCUGGCGUUUGAAAAGAAGGGGUUUCCGUGGUCUUCGUGGUAAUCCUGUCGAAGCAGAUCCUGAUCAGAGGCAGGAAGGUGAUACAGUGGAGGACUUCUAUCGAGCUAGCCAAAAACAAGCUGAAGAGCAUAUUCAGAGAUCUGUUGAACAGGUUCAGGCUAUGAUCCUUUCAAAGACAGCACAACAAGAAUAUCGGAGGAUGAAGAUGACCCAUGAUCAAGCCAGGCUGGAAUAUGAAGGCCUUCGUGAACCUGAUAAUUGAUAUUGAUAUGAACUAGUGAAGUCCAGUUGUGCAGAUACAGGUUUCAAUAAGGUUCAGUUGUUCAGAUGCUAGGAAGUCCGGCAGUUGAUGCUGCAUGUAGCAUAUGAUAAAAAUCCAGUAAGAGUAAUUCUGUACUUUGUGCAUUUGGCUUAGUUGCUGUAAAUAAAACUACAGGAGCUUUAUAGUUUUUUAUUUUUUUAUUUUAUUUUAUAUAUAUAUAUAGCACCUAACCGAAAUCCGUACUUUGUGGCCUGUAAAUAUUUAAAUGCCUAGAUUAAGGUCAGUUUGGACUAAUCCUUUCAAAGUGUUUUAAGCUU